GCCGAACAAAUAGCCUAUUCUACCAUUCAUUUCAAAUCUCUUCUCUCCACACUUUUUUCUUUCUUUAUACCUUCUACCCACGUCUUCUUCCUAAAAAAGGAUCGUCUUCCUUCUUUGUCUAAAUGCUAUCUGCAGUUCAGGGCUUUGUUAGUAGACACCGGCGUGGUCUGGCUGUUACGGCUGGUGUCACAGGUGGAAUCUACCUGAUGGGCAAGUACGCCAAAACCAAGCUCAUCGAGUUUCAGGAGAAGUCUGCAUCGGAAAGGACAGCCAAAGAAAAUAUGAAACGUCGGUUCGAGCAAAACCAACAAGACUGUGUCUUCACAGUGCUUUCACUCCUACCGACGCUGGGUGAUCAGCUUCUGCAUGAGCUCAAUGUAGAACUGAUCACCACCAAGCUGCAGCAGUCUAGAUCUCAGCGAUCAACACCCAUGCCUACUCCUGACAGCUCUAUGAUCUUGCCACCAAAACCUUUAGAUGAUACCGAAGCAUCGACAGCUGCUGCAGUAGUAACGUCAUCAGAAGAUAAUGGAGCCAACGGAGUGAAUCAGCAGCAACAGCCAAUAGAUCAAACUGAAGAAACGAGCAAAGAUGACCAGGUAUUAGCAGCGGAAAAGACUGCGACACAAGAGCUAGAAGUGAAUAGUAAGAUCAAUGGUCGCUUUGAAAAGCACGAGGCUGAUGCCAACGCAGAGAAUGGUCAUAUCGUAGCACUGCCUGACAAAGAAGUAGAGGUAGAUAAAGAGAUUGCCCAGGAAGAAUCUGUCGCUAAUGGAUCUACGUCUGAAGAAAAGGCCCAGGAGGCAAAAGAGACGGAGCAAGAGAAAGAGAAAGAGCAGGAGCGGAGGCAAGAACAAGAGAAAGAGCAAGACUCUACGGAACGCAACGUUUCAGAGGAAUCCACCGCACGGCUUCAAGCUACUGCCAUUGAUGAGACCGCAGCUUUGAUCGACCGCCGUGUGAAACUUGAAUUAUGGACUGAACUCAAGAUCAUGAGCUUUACGCGCACGAUUACAGCACUUUACUCUCUUACACUCCUGACACUACUCACACAAAUUCAACUCAAUCUUUUGGGGCGUUUCACAUACGUUUCCUCGGUCGUUGCCCUUUCCAAUACCACAGAUGCAUCCUACCGCGUAGAAUCCCCAGCGCCCAAGGGAUCAUUGACAUCAGUCAAUGGACUCUUGGAUUUUCAAACCGAGAAGAAAUAUCUGACUUUCAGCUACUGGCUUCUACAUGAAGGUUGGCGUCGAUGGAGUGAGAAGGUUCGUGAAGUAGUUGAUGAUAUCGUUGGAAGUAUCUCAUUGAAGAGAACUUUUACUGCCAAGGAAUUUUCUGAGCUGCUUGCAGAGAUUCGAUCCCGGCUUGAAUAUGCUGAGGUAGAUGGCAAGCGUAUCCCAAUCAAUAUGCGUGAAUAUAUGCUUCCGGACGAUGUUGCAGAAGAGUACGAAGUACUGAGGGCAGGAGGCGUGGAUGAAGCUGAUCUGACGGUAGAUCCAAUGCUCCGCAAUUUGCUGGAUGAGACACGGGAUUUCAUUGAUAGCAACGAUUUUGCAACGGUCUUGAGCUCGACUUUAGCAACGACCUUUGCGCGCUUUAACCUUGCAUUCCAGCCAACAUUCAAUCCAUUCCUCCUGACCCCACCCAGAAACCCGGGCUCUGGCAUUGAAGAAAUUGAGAAUGAGGAUGAUAUGGACCGAGCCGUACCACUGGCUUCAUUGUUACCAUUGGUGACAAGACAGGUGCAUUUGAUUAUCAAUGGGGUUCCGAACGAAUAUGUUGAGAGUCUAGCCUUGGUCAAGGAUCUGCAAGCGUUUUCAGCAAUCGUAUAUUCGUCGUUUAGUGAGCAACUCAUGAACCAUUGAAAUAUAUCAAAUAGAGAUGA